CGUCAGAUCAUGGGUUCGAAAAGGAAAUCCGUAUUUUCGUUGCCUCCUGGGGAUGGACAGAAGAAGACAAAGUAUGAUAAUUUCCAUGUCACGAAGUUGUCACCCUCCGCGGAAAACCAGCAAGGCAAUAAUAAUGAUUUCGCUCUUCUGAGGACUCUACUUCAGGAUAUCAUCAAGAAUAAUGUCUCCUUGAAGAGCCGCGCCGUUGCGACAAAUGCCGAUGUUUUGACCGCAGCUACCGAGCUUGAUGCAGCGUUGCACCGUGCAGAAGGUUCCAUAUCUCCUACUGCGAGUCGCCUCAAGGAUGCUACACCACCGCUCCAAGCUUCCAAUGGCAGGGUGGAUCCCUUCUUACCUCAAAUACCACCUAUCUUGGACAGUAUACUUGAAAGCGCAGUUUUUACUCACCCAGGUGUGAGCAACAAUAAUGCAGCUACUUAUGACCGACUUGAGGUGCUUGGAGAUGCAUAUAUAGAACUUAUCUCUACGAAGCUCAUCUGGAACAAGUUCCAGGACAUCCCCUCUGGUCGAAUAUCUCAGAUUCGAGAAUUACUUGUAAAGAACGAGACUUUGUCUGAUUAUGCAACUAGGUACGGACUCGACCGCAAGGCUUCCGUACCGCCGGACUAUCUAAAGCAACCCCGGAGAUGGGUUAAGACAAAGGCAGACAUAUUUGAGGCUUAUGUAGCUGCUGUUGUUUUGUCCGAUCCAACCAAUGGGUAUCAUGUGGCCGAGGAAUGGUUAACACAAUUGUGGUUGCCAAAGAUCGAGCAACUUGGGCAACCAAAGUCCUCAUUGCACGCCAAAGAAUCUCUCGCGAAAAAGAUCAUGGGGAAGGGCAUCAAACUCAACUAUGUUGACGAACGCUCCCCUGCUCAGCGGGGAAGGGGCGUUCAAACAUAUUUCAUCGGAGUAUACCUCACCGGCUGGGGUUGGAAUCAUAAGCACCUUGGUUCCGGCCAAGGAUCCAACAAAGCAAUCGCAGGAGAUGAGGCUGCUCAGAAUGCAUUGCUAAAUGAAAGCCUAAUCGAUGAGAUUAUUGAAGCCAAGAAAUCACAUAUAUCAAAAGCAUAAAAAACUUCUUCGUAGGGCCAUGUUAUUGAGGCCCGCAUCUAAUGAAUACCUGAAACCACUC